AUGGCUGACGCAUUUGCUCCUUUCAAAGUGGACGUUGGUUUGGAGUCAGAGCGCGGGUUUGACACCCGCCAAAUUCACGCCGGAGCAAAGCCAGACUCGGCGACGAAAGCGAGAGCUGUUCCCAUUUACGCCACAGCGUCAUAUGUCUUCACGAGCAGCGAGCAUGCCCGCCGGCCCACAGUAGAGGUCUUAGAAAAACGUAUUGCGGCUCUCGAGGGUGGCACCGCCGCUGUUGCCUGUGCCUCCGGUCAGUCAGCAGUGUUCCAGACCAUUAUGUGUCUUGCUCACACUGGGGAUAAUAUCGUUGCAUCGACAGCCCUGUACGGAGGCAGCUACAGCUUGUUCAAGACAUUGUUGCCGCGUAUGGGAGUGUCCGUACGAUGGGUUUCCACUGACGAUGCUGAGGCCUACCGACCGUUGAUCGACGACAGAACAAAAUUGGUCUUUGUUGAGACUGUUGGAAAUCCAGUGGUCAGCAUCCCGGACCUUCAGGGCAUUGCCGACAUCGCACAUGAGCAUCAUGUCCCUUUUGUGGUUGAUAACACCUUCGGAGCAGGGGGAUUCUGGUGCCCUGUUGUGUCUUUCGGUGCUGACAUCGUCGUCCACUCGGCGACAAAGUGGCUCGGUGGCCACGGGACGACGGUAGGUGGUGUAGUUGUUGACUCGGGACGCUUUGACUGGAAAAAAGCGGGCGCACGCUUCCCGCACCUCACGCACACGAGCGAUGGGCCCAUGGGCUUCUCCUUUGCCAGCAACUUUGAAAAUGUAGCUUUCGCUAUGGCACUGCGUAUCGAGGUUGUCAUGGAAGUUGGUAGUGUGUUGAAUCCCUUCGCGGCGCAGCAAAUCCUCCUCGGCAUGGAGACUCUGAGCCUCCGCUGUGAUCGGAUUGCUGCCAACGCGUUACAGAUUGCACAAUUUCUAGCCAAUCAUGACCGUAUCAAUUGGAUCAGCUAUCCGGGGCUUCCGACGAGCAAGUACUACGAGAGGGCCAAGAAAUAUCUACGAAGGGGUUUUGGAGGAGUGUUAUCAUUUGGCGUUGUAGGUGGCACGAUAGGCAGUAAAGCCUUUGUAGAUGGGCUUCGUUUGAUAUCAAACAUGACAAACGUUGGUGACUGCAAGACCAUGGCAACACACCCGUGGAGCUCAACGCACACCAUCAUGACUGAGCAGGAUAGAUUGAAUGCCGGCAUCACCGAGGAUCUCAUUCGACUUUCUGUGGGAACAGAAGACGUAAACGACAUUAUUAAUGAUCUUAGUCGAGGGUUGAAAGCUAUUCCAGAUAAAUUCAUAGCACCCUAA